GUUAUAGGGAGAAUGAGUAUUCUGAUUAAACCUAAGCUAGUUUCAGUUGAUACUGAAGAGUAUUUACCAUCUCAUUCAAAAGGAAAGAUUGAGAACGACAGUGAAGAAACUAAUGGUGAGGCAGUAUUCACAGAAGUAUCUACAAAAGUUUCUAAUUUACCAUACUAUAUUGCAUAUCAUCGUAAACGUGCUGAUAGGCUAUUUUUACAUGCACGUGGAAAAGAGAAUGGCCUAAAACAUGUUGACAUAAGAAAGGGUUUCCUGGCAAUAUUCUGGAUUAUUGUGUUUAUUGUAACUAUGAUUGUUUUCAUAAUGAUGGCUACCAAUCUUUUUGAACAGUACGAUUCAGGUCGUGUGGCUACACAGAUCAAAGCGGAACAAGAUGUUAUGAUUUUUCCUGAUGUGACAAUUUGUGCUAAAGUGCCAUUUUAUGUUGAUGAUGAAAAUGCGAAGAAUGAAAACACAACGGAUUAUAUUUUAAAAAAGAGUGAGGAAUUAAUACGCAAAAAACUGAGAGAUUCAUCCUUAAGGCAGACAAAAUCUAAUAUCGAAGCAGCUUUAUUAAUAGAAAUGGCUAUGAAACGAGAGAAUAGUUUUAUGAGAGCCUAUGAACAUUUCAUUUACUGCAAGUAUAAUGAUAAGGAUUGUUCAUUUUACAAUUUCACUGAAAUUGUUCAUUUACGUUACAUCCAAUGUUUUACAUUUUCCCCAAACGAUAAAGUCAUCAGUGGAAAUAAAGGUUUAGAAUUUAUAUUUUAUAAAAGACAUAGUAGAGGAAAACCAUUUGUUAUGCUAAAUGAUCUUGAAGAUGAAUUAUUUUCCUCAGAUAUUUAUGAUGGAAUCAACGUGAUUGUGCAUAAUCCUGAUACAUUUCCAACCUAUGCAUUUAAUUAUUUAUCUACUAGUUUUGCUUUAAGAUAUGGUCAGCUGGCUACUGUUGAUGUUUCUGGUUUAAAGUAUAAAUCAGAUAUGACUGGUCGAAAGUCAUGCUUUCCACAGAGAGAUCCAUACAGGCAAGUUUUUACUUUGUUUACUUUUGAAUACCUUAUUGGGUUAUAUACUAAUUUCCGUGGUGGUGCAAACUUCUUAGAAUAUCGUUAUACUUAUGAAGAUUGUAUAGCUAAUAUGAAACAGCGUUAUAUAUAUGAAAAGUGUAAUUGUUACUCGGAUCACUUAUUCGUACCAUUUCAAGAUCCUAAAAAUAAUGAUUCAGUCUACCGUAGUAGUUAUGACACUGCUGAUCUUAUGAACAAUCCUAAUGUUAAUGAAAAACAAGAAGAUGAAUCAAUACAAAAAUUCUCUCACUUUUGCCGCGAUAUUCGACAUAAAACGUCACAUCGUCUACGAAAUGAAUUUCUGUGCUUUGAACAAUAUCAGAAAAUGCCAACUACCUCUGUGUUAGAUAAAUUUGUACAACCAGACAAAUUGUAUGCAACCAGACAUAAUUUGGAUGCUAGAAAGAUAGAAAGACAUAAAGUUUGUUCAUUACUGUGCGAAAAAGUAAGUUCAGAAGAAUUAACUCAUGGAAAUACUGAUGUACAGCAUGAUAACAAAGUCUUCAAAACAGAUCUUCCGAAAAAACGAAUGAAAGUGUCGCAUUCUAGCAAGCAUUCUGCUGAUACCCUAAACAAACAGAGAAAUUCGAAUACCAAACCUGCUUCCACUCAGCAAAUUACGCAUGAUAACAACGAUAAAAUAAACCGCAGAAACCAGUUAUUGAUUAAUGAAGAUGACUUUCAGGAAAAUACUACCUGGACACUGGACAGAAAUAACAUUCUCAACAGUGACAAAUUUCCGUUCCUUUAUCCACCUCCACCUCCAGCUCUUCAGAAACAAACACUUAAUGAAAAGAAUGAAUAUGAUAUUUAUGCAAUUUCAGAUGACAGUUAUUUAAAGAACCCACUGCAACCAAUUUUAGACCAAAGUGUUGUUCCAGAUUACUUAUUUCAACGCUAUGCUCAUUCUCCAUUCUGA